CACUAACGACAACGUGUUCCAGACUUCUUGACGGCUUGUUUUUCAAAUUUAUGUUUUUGAUGAAUUUGUGUUUAAAAUAAAUAAAAAUGGCAAACGCUGUAAAAAAGGGAAUUCUGUGUAACUUUUGCCAAAUCGAAAAAGAUGCAAGUUUAAUUUACACAGCAAAGAAAGUAUUUGCCGGCCGCAAGGUGAUUGAUUUGCUUCAAACUGUAUCUCAACGCAGCGUACCAGGCAAUGUUACUCUUAAAAUAUGCAAUGUCUGUGCAUCCAACUUGAUGACCAUGACGGCCAUGAUAGAGAAAACUCAGCACUUAAUCGAGCAGGGUCUUGACUCUCAGAAAAAGAAGACAACAACAACCAGCCAGGUAGCCGUUCAGCAGAACGACGAACACGAGGAAGAAACACCUCCAGUAGAAGUAAUUGAUUUGGACGAGAAAACAGACAUUGCACCAGAAAAUAAAAAGAAGUCAAACUCGAAGAAGAAAAUUGAUCUAAACAAAUCAAAGGAAAAUAUUCCUCUGCCGCCAGCUCCAGGCAGUCCAAAAAAAUCUGCUACUUCUCCCACCAAAAAGACUGCGGCUUCUAAACUUACUACAUCUGAUGAUACUCCAGUUCCAUGCAGUCCAAAAAUUUCAGCGUCCGUAUCUAAAAAACAUGGAACUCCCAAAAUGAAUAAGACCAAUGAUGCCGACGAAGAAGGGGAUCUUGUGGAUGCAGUAAAGCUCACGCCCUCCAAUAACAAGGCAAAGAAAAAUCAUUCUCUGAACCAGCUGUUUGGAAAAAGUGAAACCAUCAAUGUGAAUGUCUCAGAUAGCGAAAAUGAUGAUGGUCCAGCGUCUGCAAAUGAAGUUAACAAGCAAACUGACAGCAAACCGAAGCCUCCGUCGCACAUUGGUGCGUUUGGGUGCAAACUGUGUGAAUUUGAAUCCAAAACUGCAAAGACCUUAAAAGAUCAUCUGAAAAAUGUACACAAUCAGCAACGGCCGAGAGUUUAUUUCUGCGAUUUUUGUUCAAAAUCCUUUGGCGUAUUGAAAUCUCUAACAGAACAUUUGAACUCCCAUGGAGAAAUUAAAUCGGAGGAAACCAAGAAAAAGGACGAGCAGCUGCCAAAGAAAACAAAAUCAAAGGAACCCCAAGCCACCAAACCAUCAGUAGUUGAUGUUGAGCCCACAUUGGCAGUCCUCACCGCUUUAAAUGAACCCAAGCCAGCUGAGAAUAAUAUCAAUCAGGAAUAUACAUUUCAAAUUAAUGGGGAAAGUGCCUCCACGCCCAAACCCGUUGUCGCCAGGCGCACAUCGAUGAACUUCCAGUGCGACAUAUGCGAUGCGGAAGUGCAAACGGUGAAGCUAAUGCAACAGCAUAUGCAAACGGCUCAUCAAAUUGACAAGCCAAAAAUAUUUAAAUGCAAUGUAUGCGAUAAACAUUUUAGCAGCAAACAAAGUCUUGAAUUUCAUUCAGAUAAGCAUUACCAAGACAAACUCAAACAAUUAAAAUUAUCUUUGCACCAAAGCGCAGAAGAAGAUAAGAUAAACCUAACGAAAGAGGACUCAAAGAAAUCAAAAAGCUCUUCGAUCAAGAAACCGGAAGACAUCGAGAAGUCACCAGUUAAGAAAGCCAAGUUAAAACCAGAGAAAAUUAUCAAUUUGGACAAUGCAGAAAUAUCGCUUUUAUCGAAUGAUGAGGAAUCUUCUCUUAAUCAAACUGUCAUAAAGUCACCUUUUAAGAAAAUGAAAGCCAAGCCAGAGGAAGUGAGUGAACAAGCUUCUACAUCAAAUAAUAAGGAAAAAUCUUUGAACAAAAGCUUGAAGCAGAAACACGAUUCAAUAAAGUACACUUCAAUUCAAGAGAACGAAAUAAAUCAUGAGGUGAAACCCCAUAAAAAGACCCGACUAGAGUCAAUUGCAUACUCUGAAAAUGAUUUGGAAAUCACCGGUUCCUACAUAGAGGAAGAGGAACCUGUCAGUUGCGAUCAAUGUGGCAAAACUUUGCCCUCGCGUAAACGUCUCGAAUCGCAUAUACAGAAGAGACACGCCAAGACUCUAAUCUGUCCCACAUGCAUGUCCAUAUUCAGUUGCCACUUAGAGUACGUUGCUCAUUUUGGGGAAUGCGAUACGAGCAACGGCUUGUCCUGUGGCAUACGCAAAUGCAAGAAAGUGUUCCAGGAUUACACCUUUUUAAUUUCCCAUCUGGAGAAGAAGCACGAGUGGCGUAAUUAGUAUAACACAGCGGAGACAAUGCUCCUCCUCCAAGUCAGAAGUAUCCCAUCACAGCAUCAAAACUAUUUUAAUGGUGCAAAUUAUGUCAAUUUUGGAUUUCUUUU